AAGAGCUCGCGUGUGAUGUGUUUUGUGUAUCAGUGUUUUCUCUCUUCUUUGGUGUUUUAUUGAGUGUAAACAGAGUCUUGUCUCUGUGUAUUUUAGUGUUAAGAUGUUGAUGAUGAGAGAUGAGAUGUGCUGUAAAUCAGUAGGAACUGAUCUGUCCAUGCUGGAUAUUGAUGAUUUCAUCACAGAAAUCUCUCAGCUAAAGAAAGAGGUGGCGUUAAUGGAGGCAAAGCUGAGGUCAAGAGGAGAUGAAGGAGUGAAGAGAGAGGAUGUGGAUGUGGAUUGUUGUGAAUCUUCAGUGUAUGUGACUGAUGGAUGUCUGGAUUCAGUGUGGAUGAGCAGAGAUCAGAGCCGCACACCACAGCCACUGCUGGACUCUAAACUCUCUGAAGAGAAAUCCAGACACACACAGGACUCAGAGCUCAGUCUCACUUUACUCUGUUAUACUGAGUCAAAGCCCACAGACGCUCAGGACACUGUGUGUGACAGUAAUCAGGGCUUACAGGAUGAGGAAUCUACUGAUCAAACCUCCACAGAGUCUCUGGAUUCUGUCUGUAACGCUGGAGAACAGCAGCAGAUCCUGCAGACCACACUGAAGAUGUGUUCAGUCAAACUGAUCGACUGCACGAACCUGAUGAUGAAGAUUAAAACAGAACCCACAGAAGAGGAAGAUCACACUAAUAAAGACGAUCAUGCAGAUGAUUUAAAUCCAUCAGAUGUGAAGAUUGAGUCAUGUUCUGAGGGAGAAACGUCCUCCACAUCAGAAGAUCGACUGACAGCACAAACUCUUUCCUGCAUCACCUGUGGAAAGACAUUCAGCUCACAGAGACAUUUAGAGACACAUGAGAGAAAACACACAGAACAGAAACUCUUCACCUGCACCAGAUGUAAGAUCAGCUUUACUACCUUACAAGAGAAAAAACGCCAUCAUGUAAAAGAGCAUGGAGAGAAGAAGAAGAAGAAGCAGCAGCAGUUUCACUGUGAGCAGUGUGGGAAGAAUUUUGUCUUCUUAUCUCAGCUGGAAGCUCACAUGAGGACACACAGUGGUGAAAAGCCUUUCUGCUGCACUGAAUGUGGCAAAUAUCUCCACAGCAAAGGAAGUCUUGUUAUUCACCAGAGAAUUCACACAGGAGAAAAACCAUAUAAAUGUCCUUACUGUGAGAAGAGAUUUCGUUAUGCAUCCUAUAUUAAGAAACAUGUGCGUUUACACACCAAUGAGAGACCCUAUCAGUGCAGCGAAUGUGACAAAACCUUUAGGGUUAAAGGCUCCUUAAUAUCACAUCAAAAAAUACACAGUGAGGAGAAACUCUAUCAGUGUUCACAUUGUGAUAAAAGUUUUCAUCACAAAGGUCAGCUGAUGCACCAUGAGAUACUUCACACUGGAGAGAAACCUUAUCACUGUAGUGUUUGUGGAAAGAGUUUUUAUUACCGUGACAUUUUACUAAAGCAUCAGAGAAUUCAUACUGGUGAAAGACCUUACAAAUGCUCUCAGUGUGAGAAGACGUUCAUUCAAGCAAGUAAUUUAAAAGUUCAUGAGAGAAUUCACACUGGAGAGAAACCUUACAACUGCUCUCACUGUGGUAAGAGCUUUUAUAAUCCAAGUUCUUUUAGCUGUCAUAUGAUAACUCACACUGGAGAGAAACCUCAUCACUGUAAUGUUUGUGGGAAAAGUUUUAAUCGACAUCACAGUUUAGUGUUACACCAGAGAACUCAUACAGGUGAAAGACUUUAUAAAUGCCCUCAGUGUGAGAGGACGUUUGCUAGAUCAGAUGCCCUGAAGCUUCAUCAAAGAGUUCAUACAGGAGAGAAACCUUACCACUGCUUGAUCUGUGGAGAGAGAUUUGCUUAUUUAGGAAAUUUUCAGAGUCAUCAGAAGAAACUACACUGAAAAUCAUCAUAGAUUUUAAUUUACAGAGUGUAAAGCCUUAGUAUAAUUUUGCUCACUAAUCUUAUAUUUCUGUGGCGUCUCUGGUGAAGUCAUUAGGGGUCAAGCCACAAAGUCAACCCCUUAUUAUUAUUCUGCUUCUUCCGGCAUUCCAGUCUAUGGCAGCCCUAGUGCUCCACUUUUUAAAGGUCUUGGUCUCGUCUUGGAAUUGACCACAUUUUUACUCGUUCUCAUCUCGGUCUCAGACAAAGAGGACGCAGAAUUUUAUUUAAAACAAAUCUAUAUCACAAAUUUAUUUUUUUAUCAUUAAUUUUAUGCAGUUUAUUCAGGUUUGGCAUAUGAUGUUGACAUUGUUUAAGCAUUGUUUAAGUUUCUCCCAAUGACAAUUUUUCUAAUUUUAUUACUAAAAACACCUGGAUUGUGUUAAGUGGAUGGCAAGCCAUGGAAAGACAAUUCAGAAUAGUUAAGUUGAUUUCAGCUCUUUAGUGUUUGUUCACUUUUAUUAUAGACAAAGAUAAAUUCCCACAUAUCUGCAAUGCCUUUGAUUAUUUUAUCAACUUCUCUGAUCGCACACACACGCACAGACAAGAAGUGCCUAAUCAUAUGUAUAUUCCACAUUUUAUCAUAAGUGUUUUAAUGCAGUGACUGGUCUUGGUCUUGACUUGGUCUCGGCCUGUCUUGGUCUUGGUCUUGACUCUGUCUCGACCCUUUAAAGUCUUGGUCUUGUCUCGGUCUCGGCCUGUCUUGGUCUUGGUCAUGACUUGGUCUCAGUUUAGGUGGUCUUGACUACAACACGAGGCAGCCCAUAGAAGCGUACAUAGAAAGUUAUGAAAUUUGGCACACUGACAGAGAACAGUCAAAAUAGCCACCACAGCAAAUUUGGAGUCUCUAUUUUGAACCCACUAGCGCCACCAACAGUCCAAAUUUUCACUUAUGUUUUUGCUGCUAACUUCUGGGGCCUCAUUUAUAAAAGUGCGACGUAGGAACUAUCCUACAUUUCAUCUAAGACCAUUUCUGAAAUGAUUGUACGUGUGAUUCAGAGAAAAGGAGCGUACGCAAAAAAAAGUGCGUAAGCCUCUUUUCCAGAUGUGCAGUUUAUAAAUCACAAAUGAUCUUGAAAUUGUGCGCAGCCGAAUGCUCUUAGAACUCCACCUUGUAAACGCCCCUAAUUUAAUUCAUUUGCAUAUAAAUAUUAAAUUAUCAAAGGCCAAAUUCUCUGACUGCUACAAUGGCAGCGGUCAAAAAAAACAUCUUUGUUGUUGAUUGUUUAAGUUUUUAAUAUUUCUAAAUUCUAACAUGGAAACUUUAUUGACAUCACUCGAGUUAAGGCGAUUAUUAGUGGACAUUUCAAUUCACGUGUUUUAUUUAACUUUACAAUAAGGUUCAUUGGUUAACAUAAUGUAAUGUAUUAACUAACAUGAACAAUGAGCAAUACAUUUCUUACAGCAUUUAUUCAUCUUUGUUAAUGUUAGUUAAUAGAAAUAAAGGUUUAAUUGUUUGUCCAUGUUAAAAGGUUGAAUUCGCAUUCACAGUGCAUUAACUAACGAUAACAUGAUUUUAAUAAAGUAUUAGUACGUGGCAGAGUAUGUGAGCGGUGCGGAGUGGGAGCGGAGUGGCGUAAUUUUGCCAGGAGCGAGGAGCGUUUUUUUUUUAUGUCGGAGCGUUGUGAUUUUCUCUCGCUCUGAAAACGCUCCACUAACGAGUCAGGACUUGUCAGAAUCCGGACCAAACCACUGUGAAAAAAACGGAGGGGGACUUAAAAUGUUUCUUAACAUAUUUUGCAUUCGUUUGCAUUUGUAUUGUUGUAGUACUUUCACAAACAUUUAUAUACGCGACACUGGGAAACUACAACUCCCUUGAGCACUCUGCACCAAGCGCAACGCACAGAGACCGUUUGUUGAGACGCGCCCGAUCAGCGCACCUUCCAGACAGCACGCGAGAGCUGAUGGAUUUGCGAAUGCACAAGUGGACGCAGUCUGAGCGCAUACACACUUCGGGAAAUAUAGAACAAUUGCAUGGAAGUGAUUAAAGAGAUAUAAAUUGCUUGCACACUCUCAGGCAGUGUUUCCUCUAGGAUUUUUUCCAGCUGUGGCGGCAGGGGGCGCCCAUGAUGAUUAUAAAUGUACAUUAUUUUUUUUAAUGUAGAAAAUAGGCUACAGUAAACUAACAUGUGUUUUUUAUCAUUUUCAUGCUGUCAUUUACUUUUCCUUAUAUUUAUAGCAUAUUGCUUUUCUAUGUUUGAUCUAAACUGUAUUUUCUUAAAAAAUACGUAAGUUUUAUAGCUUCAUACGGAUCUUUCAUUGUAGUUUUAAUGUAGUGUGCAAGUUCGUGCUCGGGUUUAGCGUUACAGAGCUGUUGCAAAGUCACGCACAGUCCUGUUUGAUAAUCCGCACCGCUGUGAUUGACAGAACACCCGACAUCAGCAGCAAUUUAUUCCACACCCGGGCUGUUUGACAUAAAGAGCCCGACCCGGUCACACCGCAAAUCGCGCAGUUAUAGAAACCUUUAUGCUCUUCGCAGACAGAUCUUAAACACAAAUAAGCACGGGGACAUUUAAAAACUGUUACCUGUCGGAAUCGAGUCGAAUUCUGUUCUUGGAUGUUAGACCCGCAGUUCACGCUCGCAUAUUGAGUCCCGACCUGGAUCUACAACGCAUAUAACACGUUAAUAUUAUUACACCCGUUACAUCAAAUAUUAGAAGUUUCACCCGCGGGUACCCCGACCCUGUUGUUUCGUCUGAAAACAGAUGAAACAGUCUCACCGUCUGCCUCCAGUUUUUAUUACCAACGUCCGUCUCUUCCACGGGAAUAAUGUAAGUUUCCUUCCAAACAGAUUCGACUAAUGUCUUGCAGUCCUUUAUGAGUUGUAUUCAGUAUUUAGCCUUUUGUUUUUGGACAAACAUCUUAUCAUUUAAUGUGAAACUUUGUGAGUGUCGAUCUAAAGCACAGAAGAUUGACUGACAGCUGAGCGGUCAGCAGCGCGCUGCGCUUAUAGCCUAUAUUCUGAAUAACUAAUGGCCAGAUAAAUUGAUAAUAUGAGUACAGUGAUUACAAAUGAAUGUCCAAAAAACUCGUAAUAUGUUAAAUCGAAAGAUUAAUCAUGUCAUUUCUCGCAGCCCCGCGCUGCGUCCGUGUAAAUGCGCCUGUGAACAGCAUACGCGUGAUGACCUUGCAACUUAAAUUACCCUAAAUUUAUUGUCAUAAAGAUAAAAGUAAAAUAACAUUCGAAUCUGUAAAUUGUGUAUUUUUAUUUAUGUGAACUCACAAUAAGGAGAAAACCUUGUGCUUAUUUAAAAUCAUUAAAAACAUGACGUGUUUUCUGCUGCUUUGGUUUAACAGCGCGUCACAAAAAGAACAGAAACUCAAAUACUUUUUUAUUCGUUUUGUCAAUCUGAUAACUAUUUAAGUGUAACAUAUUUCGUGUAGGCUUAUUUAUUUUAUUAUUAUUUCUCAAAACAGAGACGUAGCCUAUCAUCUGUUGAUUUAAAUCUAUUUGUGCAUGAAACUAAACCCAUGGGGGAAAUUAUGAUAUUUAAGGAGAUUUAUUUAUAAAUGAGUGAACAACGCGAAUCCAGAAAGGAAUUUUUUUCUUUCUUGCUGGGCAGACAUUUCGGUAUAGCUUUAUUUAUUUUGCGAGCUUCCGCCGCGGGUUUUGUCUAGAAGGGAUACAGAAAAUGCCAAAAAGUUUAGGAUUAGAUUUGGAGGUAGGAUUUUUAGGAUGAAAACAGCGGCUCUGGCUACAUGAGAUACACACACAUCCUACAAUCCUGUGAAAUGUUGUGUUUAGAGUUGGGUUUGGGUGAAGGAUUAGGAUUAAACAGUGCUCAUCCGGCGAGAUUUCGUUUGCUGUAUCCCUUCUAUCCACAACCGCAAGCGUGGCGGGGAUGUUAAGGCAUGGCGGGCCGCCACGGUUGAAUGUAUAUAGCGGAAACACUGCUCUCAGGGCAAAGCGGAUAGAAAUUCAGCGCAAGUGCUUGGCACCUGCGACUCGGCAAAAGCUCGUUUUUCCUAAAGUGAAUGCAGCAUUGGAGAUAAAGCUUUACUAAAAAAUGUGUUCAACCAGCCAGCAUUUGUUUUGUUCAGAUUCAGAAUAGUUCUAGUAUUAAUAUAAAAGUUGGCUUAAAGUGAAGGCAGUAGACUAUCUAUAUUUUUUCGUUUGGCUAUUUGUCUAAAUUAAUAUUUUAGUUUGUGAUUUCUUUCUUUUAUUUAAUGUAAUGUUUUUCGUUUGAUAAUUUAUUUUAUAUGAGGUUUUUCAUUUAAUCAUUUAUUUAAUUUCAACACAUUUUUUUGUUUUGCUUUGUUUAAAAGUGAGCUAAAUGAUAGCUUAAUUUGGGCUAAUAUUAGCUAUUUCAGUAUGUGAUGUUCUUCAGUUAAUAACUGCGUAUAAAAUAAAAAAUAUGUUCAACCAGCCAGCAUUUGUUUUGUUCAGAAUAGUUCUGUAAUUAAUAGCCUAUAAAAGUUGGCAUAAAGUGAAGGCAGUAGCCCUAUAUUUUUUUCGUUUGGCUAUUUGUUUAAAUUAAUAUUUCAGUUUGUGAUUUCUUUCUUUGAUUUAAUGUAAUGUUUUUCAUUUGAUUAUUUAUUUUAUAUGAGGUUUUUCAUUUAAUAAUUUAUCUAAUUUCAACACAUUUUUUGUUUUGCUUUGUUUAAAGUGAGCUAAAUUAUAGCCUAAUUUCGGCUAAUAUUAGCUACUGUUUCAAAUUCCAAUAAAGUAUAUGAUGUUCUUCUCUUAGUACUGCAUAUUCGUUGUUGUUUUUUUUUUUUUUUAAUAAAAAUUUGCCGUAGAGCGAAAACGGAGCGAUACUUAAGGAAGGACGGCGCGGGGAGUGAGCGAGGAGCGGAAAUUUGUAUACCCAGAGCGGAGCUUGAGCGGAGUAAUUAUGAAAUGCUUUGAGCGCGGAGCGCAAAUUCUUUCCACUCCACUCCGCUCACAUACUCUGGUACGUGGUGGCCUGCCAAAUUUUGUCGUCUUCGCCAUGAAACAGGAUGUUGUUCUAACUUGUGAAUGUAAAAUGUGACCCAUCAUUCACAUGUUUGAUAAAUUUCCUGGCCUGAACACAUUAACAUGGCAUAUUUUAGAGCGCCACCUGCUGGCAACAGGAAAUGUCAGGUUUUACACUGUGAUUUACUGCUCAUAGAAAUUUAAUUAGAUCAUCAUCUUAUUUGGUCAGACAGAUCUUAAGGACUUUGCGAUGAUAAAUUGUAAAGAUCUUGACUUUUCGUUGAAAGGUGUGUCCGUGGCGGCCUGGCAAAGUUUGAUGUUUCACCAUGAAACUGGAAGAUGUUGUAAUUCAGGCAUACAAUGUCCGACCUGCCCCAUACUUCACACGGUUAAUAAGGGUCCUGGCCUGAACACAUCAACAUAGCAAAAUGCAGAUACAGUCAUAGCGCCACCUAGAGGCAGCAGAAAACACUGAUUCACUGUUCUACAAGAUUGAACAAAAUCAACAUUAUAUUUUGCCAGUCUAAUUAGAAUAUCCACAUAUAUUUACACACUAAAAUUCAUAUCUCCACUGUUCACUGUUUUUCCAAAGGCCAUUGGGUGGCGGAGCACAUGCGUGCGAGGGCCCUUUCAUCGCUGAUUGCAGCUUUAAUUUAAUUUGUAAACUUUUUUAUUUUUAAAAAGGUGCUAAAAUCAGUAUUUUUAAAAAUCUAUAUUAUAAUAACACUAUCACUGUUUUACCAUUUUUGGUAAAUGUAGUUCUAAAUGUAGGUUCGGGAGGGGCCUAAACAUUCAGGUCUGUCAAACAUCAUCAUCAUGGGUGUAUAUAAGGCAGCCUUCAGGCCUCAAUUUUUUCCGGCAUCCCUCCUCCUGGGGAUGGGGGAUCUUCUCCUUCACUCUCUCUUUCUUCCUCUGUGCAAUUCUGUUGCAGGGGGUUGAACUUGGGUCUCGAGCCCCAACCUCAGGUUCGCACUCUAUGAAGGUUCAGAGCUCAGGUACAGAGCUCCCUUCAAGGACAGCAAGCCAAGUUUUUUUUCCAUUAAUCAUUAAGACCUGAAUGCUCAGGCGAACUAGUGAAAUAGGAUUUGGAAACAUUUCAUUACUCUAUAUAAUAAAUGAUAAUUUAAAAUAUGUGAUACAAAUAAAACACAUUAUUGAAAAUUUACACCCGUUUCUUCUUAUUAUUUGUUGAAUGUUUA